CACCCCCCACCCGCCUCCCGCGCGGUGGAAGAAGGAGGUAUUGGGGAUCUCCUCCUAGACAACAAACCCACAUUCAAAGAGGGGCACACGAAUUACAUCACGCUCCGUGUGGAGGAUAAAACCGAGGUCGCGGGUUACGCUCAGCACUUUUCUGCAAAGGAGACAACUGGAGCAUCAUGCCGAGUCCAGGCGCACGGAGCCCGAGGAGACUUCUGAGCUUUGUCACGCAGUCAAUCAUUAAAAGCUGUUUCCACUGAUGCUGCUGCGGACAAACCUUUUAUUUCUGUCACGGAUUUUUAUCAUGGGAAACUGAACUUUGAAGGGACACUCGCCACGCAGGUUUGGAUACGGCUCACGCGUAAUUGCGCACAAGAAAGUGUCCUUUUAGCAGCUCGGUGUGCGCGCUGAUCUCCACCGUUUGACAUGGAUCAGUCUCAGCAGUGUGUGGCCAUGUAUCUGCUGUUGCUGUCUCUCGGACUUCUCAUGGACAGAGGGAUUUGUCAGCACUACUACCUUCUUCGCCCCAUUCCGAGUGACAGUCUGCCGCUAGUGGAAUUAAAAGAGGACCCGGAUCCUGUCUUUGACCCCAAGGAGCGGGACCUUAACGAGACCGAGCUAAAGAGCGUCCUGGGGGACUUUGACAGUCGCUUUUUGUCCGUUUUACCGCCCAUGGAGGACAAAUACACCGGGAACGAUGAACUCGAUGACUUUGACAUCCAGAAGCCCGGUGGAGUACUGCCGAAGGAGAUCCGAGCGGUGGAUUUCGACGUCCAGUUCGGCAAGAAGCACAAACCCAGUAAGAAACUGAAGCGGCGGCUACAGCAGUGGCUGUGGGCCUACUCGUUCUGUCCGGUCGUGUACACCUGGACCGACCUGGGGAACAGGUUCUGGCCGCGGUUUGUGCGAGUGGGCAGCUGCCUGAGCAAAAGGUCGUGUUCUGUCCCGGAGGGAAUGGUGUGCAAACCUGCGAACUCUACCCACCUGACGAUACUGCGAUGGAGAUGCGUACAGAGGAAAGGGGGGCUGAAAUGCGCCUGGAUACCGGUGCAGUACCCCAUCAUUACAGACUGCAAAUGCUCCUGUUCAAGUUAAAGAAAAGACUCUAAACAUAAAUUAUAAGCUCAGUAUUUUUAUGAUUCGACUUUCACAUGCACUACCGAGUGUAGGAAUGUAUUUUCUGUAUAUGCGGUGCCAUGCAGUUAUAAGUACUCUCUGUACAAAGUCAGUGUUAUUUGUAACCAGAGUCUACUUUAUUUGUGGAGAAUAUUGGUUAUAUAUUUUGUAUUUAUGGAGAUAUGGCGCAUAGAGCCACGUACGGACUUGCUGUUUUCCAUACAUGGAUGAAGCAGAUCGACCUCAGAGUUGAGUAAACGUGGAUUAUUGAUACAACUGCGUAUCAGUGACUUGUUUUAUCCUGUAAAUUAAGGAAAUGUGCUAUUUAUUCUUUAUAUUCGUACAAUAAAACAACACUGAAAUGAUUUAAAA